CUUUGAUGAUGACGAUGAUGAUAUGGGCGGUGGAGGAGGUUUUGAAAUUGAUUUCAACAAUGAUGACAUGGAUAUGACCCAGCUGCUUGGUGAUGGUCCAGAAAAUCAACAAACCUCAGUGAAAUGGUCACGUGUUGAUCCACCCGAAUUAGACCCCGAAACGGAUAAUCUAGUAUUUCAACAAAUCGAUGUGGAAAAUUAUGUUGGCUAUCCGUUGCCAGGUAUGCCAGGUGCCAGACUUGGCCCGGUCCCCGUGAUACGUAUGUAUGGCAUUACAAUGGAGGGAAAUUCCGUCUGCUGCCAUGUCCACGGCUAUUGUCCAUAUUUCUAUUUGGCCGCCCCUAACGGCUUUGAACAAAAAGAUUGUUAUAAAUUCCGUGAAGCCUUGGAUAAGAAGGUUCUGGCCGAUAUGCGCAGCAAUAAAGAUAAUGUUCAGGAAGCGGUGUUGAAAGUGGAAUUGGUCGAACGUUUAAAUAUUUAUGGCUAUCAGGGUGAUAACAAGCAACGUUAUAUUAAAAUUACCCUAUCCAUGCCGAAAUUUGUGGCUGCUGCCUCACGUUUGCUGAAGCGGGAUAUCAUCUAUGGUGACUUUGAUUUCCAGGAUUGUCGUGCCUUUGAGAAUAACAUUGAUUUUGAUAUACGUUUUAUGGUGGACACCGGUGUGGUGGGUUGUAAUUGGAUAGAAUUGCCGGCGGGCACGUGGCGUUUGAGAGGACGUAACUCCAAACCAUUGCCCGAGAGUCGUUGCCAAAUUGAAGUCGAUGUUGCCUUCGAUAAAUUCAUAUCUCACGAACCGGAGGGUGAAUGGUCCAAGGUGGCUCCUUUCCGUAUUUUAUCCUUUGACAUUGAAUGCGCUGGUCGCAAGGGUAUUUUUCCUGAACCCAAAAUGGAUCCGGUUAUACAAAUCGCAAAUAUGGUUAUUCGCCAGGGUGAUCAUGAGCCGUUUAUACGCAAUGUUUUCACAUUGAAUACCUGUGCACCCAUUGUGGGCAGUCAGGUGUUGUGUUUCAAUACGGAAACUGAGCUCUUAGAUAAAUGGUCAAGUUUUGUAAGAGAAGUUGAUCCGGAUAUAUUGACCGGCUAUAAUAUAAACAACUUCGAUAUACCCUAUCUGCUAAAUCGGGCAGCCCAUUUGAAGGUUAGGAAUUUUGAAUAUUUGGGCCGGAUUAAGAACAUACGUUCGGUGAUCAAGGAGCAGGUGUUACAGUCGAAACAAAUGGGACGACGUGAAAAUAAAUAUGUGAACUUCGAGGGACGUGUGCCAUUUGAUUUGCUAUUUGUUUUAUUGCGGGACUAUAAACUGCGUUCGUAUACCUUGAAUGCAGUGUCUUAUCAUUUCCUGCAGGAACAAAAGGAGGAUGUACAUCAUAGCAUUAUUACAGAUUUACAAAAUGGUGAUGAACAAACCCGACGACGUUUGGCCAUGUAUUGUCUGAAAGAUGCCUAUUUGCCUCUGAGGCUGUUGGAUAAACUAAUGUCCAUUGUUAACUAUAUGGAAAUGGCAAGGGUAACGGGUGUGACCUUGGAAUCGCUAUUGACGCGUGGCCAACAAAUUAAAGUCCUAAGUCAGCUUUUGAGGAAGGCAAAAACUAAGGGAUUCAUUAUGCCUUCAUAUUCGUCACAGGGCUCAGAUGAACAGUAUGAAGGAGCUACGGUUAUUGAACCGAAAAGAGGUUAUUAUGCCGAUCCCAUAUCAACACUCGAUUUUGCUUCUCUAUAUCCCAGUAUUAUGAUGGCCCAUAAUUUAUGUUACACCACUCUGCUACAGCCGGGCAUGAAGGAUAAAUUGGGUCUAAAAGAUGAUGACAUUGAGCGGACCCCCUCCAAUAAUACCUUUGUAAAGGCCACGGUUCGAAGGGGUUUGUUGCCAGAAAUUCUCGAGUCGCUGCUGAGUGCCCGUAAGCGGGCGAAAAACGAUCUGAAGGUUGAAACCGAUCCAUUCAAACGCAAAGUGUUGGAUGGUCGUCAACUGGCCUUGAAAAUCUCCGCAAAUUCGGUAUAUGGUUUCACAGGAGCCCAGGUUGGUAAAUUACCUUGUUUAGAAAUAUCCGGUUCGGUCACCUCCUACGGCCGUACCAUGAUUGAGAUGACAAAGAAUGAAGUAGAAACCCACUAUACACGCGCAAAUGGCUACGAAAAUGAUGCCGUCGUCAUUUACGGUGACACCGAUUCGGUGAUGGUAAACUUUGGUGUCAAAUCCCUCGAGAAAGCUAUGGACUUGGGUAGAGAAGCAGCCGAUUUGGUCUCAUCAAAAUUUGUACGACCCAUAAAAUUGGAAUUCGAAAAAGUCUACUACCCCUAUCUGCUGAUCAACAAAAAACGUUAUGCCGGACUAUAUUUUACCCGGACCGAAACUUAUGAUAAAAUGGAUUGUAAGGGUAUUGAAACGGUACGGCGUGACAAUUCGCCUCUAGUGGCAAAUUUAAUGAACACAUGUUUGCAAAAGCUUCUCAUUGAGCGGAAUCCCGAUGGCGCCGUGGAAUAUGCCAAACAAACAAUUGCCGAUUUACUCUGCAAUCGUAUAGAUAUUUCACAAUUGGUUAUAACCAAAGAAUUGGCCAAGACAGAUUAUGCGGCGAAACAGGCUCAUGUCGAAUUGGCAAAUAAAAUGAAAAAACGUGAUCCGGGUACGGCACCCAAGCUGGGGGAUCGUGUACCGUAUGUUAUAUGUGCAGCGGCCAAGAAUACGCCAGCUUAUGCAAAGGCCGAAGAUCCCUUGUAUGUGCUGGAAAAUUGUGUACCCAUUGAUGCGAAUUACUAUUUAGAACAGCAGCUUUCAAAGCCAUUGUUGCGUAUCUUUGAGCCGAUAUUGGGUGAAAAGGCCGAAUCGGUAUUACUAAAGGGAGAACACACACGCACCCGUACUGUGGUCACCUCCAAGGUUGGUGGCUUGGCUGGUUUCAUGACGAAAAAAUCUUCCUGUUUGGGUUGCAAGGCCCUUAUGCCAAAAGGUUAUGAAAACGCCCCCCUCUGUCCACAUUGUGAACCCAAAAUGGGUGAACUCUAUAUGAAAGAGGUGGUGGCCAAGCGACAAAUGGAAGAAACAUUCUCACGCCUUUGGACCGAAUGUCAACGCUGCCAGGGUAGCCUGCACGAAGAAGUAUUAUGUUCGAAUCGUGAUUGUCCCAUAUUUUAUAUGCGGCAAAAAAUACGCAUGGACUUGGAUUCGCAAGAGAAACGUGUUAGACGUUUUGGUUUGCCGGAAUGGUAA